CUCUAACUAUAGUCUAAGGCCUCGCCCAUUCUCUACUGCAACUGAGGUCAAAACUCAAAAGGAAGGGGAACAAGUUUGUAUUCUGUAAAAGGCAGCUCCUGAUUAAAGUUGUAAUGGCUGACACACAACCGUUGCUUAAAGAUCCCAGUACUAGUGGCUAUGGGGGAAUAUCAGGUGCUCCAAGCAGCACACAGCCUUACCCUCCUCAAGGGGGAGCUCCCCCUCCAUCUGGGGGACCCGAACAACAGUCAACCGUACCACCUGCUAAUGUUGUUGAUGCUGUUUCUGGAUAUGAAGGAGUUACUUUUCAAGGAGGGGAUUUCAUUGCUCCGCCUUCUUAUGACGAGGCUACAACUGCACCCUCUCAGCCAUCAGCUCCUCCCCCGCCACCACCGACUCAUGUUACGGAAGAUCAGGCUAGACACUCUUUGCUGGAUCUCACUGGACAGAAUUUUUGCUGGGGAAAGAAAGCUGCUGAGGAAAUGGCCAUUAACUCCAUUACAUCUUCCUCUGCCUUUCAUUAUAAAUUAGAUACUUUUACAGAGUCAAGAAAGACUACUUGGACCCACACUCCUUAUUAUGGUGAUGCUAUUGAUGGUCCAUUUAAUGGCCCUGCUCCCACUCCAUGGUCUAUACCAAUACAACCUGAUGGUAUGUUUAGGCAGCAUGAGAAACGCUGUGAAGUCCCUCACACUGCUUGCGUUAAACCCUGUCACGACUGUGCCGGGACAGGAUCACGUACAUGCCAUCACUGCCGUGGUGCAGGGAGGGGAUGUUGUACCUGGUGCAACGGAAGUGGAUAUCAAGCUAAGUUACACGUUGAAGGUCACCACGGUCACGGUCACCACGGACAUGGUCACGGUCACCAUGGUCAUGGUCACGGUCACCACGAUCAUCAUCACCAUGUGCAUACUGACAUGACUCUGUGCCACCAUUGUGCUGGAACUGGGAAUAAAGUUUGUGGAGAUUGCAAUGGUUGUGGGAGGGUGAAUUGUGGGACAUGCAGGACUAAAGGACAGUUGAAGUAUUACAUUGAACUUACAAUUUCAUGGAAAAUACAUUCUAAUGAUCACAUUGUUGAGAGUACUGCCCUACCAGAUCAUCUCAUUCGUGGAGCAGGUGGACAGGUUGCCUUUGAGGAGUCUGGUGCUAGAGUGGCUCCUGUUGGUCACUUCCCUAAUGCACAGAUCAAUUCUGCAUCUCAGAGGCUCGUGGGACAGCAUGCUUCUGCCUUUCCUACUGAGAGGAUACUCAUGCAGCGUCACAAUGUGCGUAUUGUUCCUGUUUCUGAAGUGAACAGUGAUUAUAAAGGUGCUCCUUUCACCUACUGGGUAUAUGGUACUCAGAACAUUGCUUUUGCCCCUGACUAUCCUCAGCAGUGCUGCUGUGGCUGCAGUAUUAUUUAAAGUCGAGGAGCUGCUUGUGUCUCUUUGUAUUUCUGCUGACUAACACUUUUUAAUAAUUAUUAAAAGUUGUUUGUUGUUUUUGAUGCUAUUUACAUUAUUUGUAACUGGUUUGCACAGGUCUUUGAUUGAAAUU